CAGUUCAUUUUGAAGGGUUCAACCACGCGAGUCGAAGAGGCUUGGAGUAAACGAAGAUUUGAGAGCAGCCACCUUUAAAAGAUGAGACAAUGUUAGCCAAGGGGGUUCUUUUUUUGUGUAUAUGCUAGGUAAAAGGCAGCAACCAAACAUGUCACUUGCGCGCUGACACUUGGGCAUCUUAACAGCAACCAUGAAGUUCGCUCAGUUUUUGAUGAAAAACAGCUCGGUGGCCAGCAUACCCAAGCAAGUGGAGAGGUUUUCCAAGUUCUCUCCAUCGCCUUUGUCAAUGAAACAAUUCAUUGACUUCGGCUCGGCCAAUGCGUGUGAGAAGACCUCCUUUGUGUUCCUGCGGCAGGAGCUCCCUGUCAGACUGGCUAACAUCAUGAAGGAAAUUGAUUUCCUCCCAGACAAGCUCCUCAGCACUCCUUCCCUAAAACUCCUCACCAGUUGGUAUUCACAGAGUUUGUUGGAGCUUAUAGAGUUUUUGGAGAAAGAUCCAAAUGAUAAAGACGUCCUGACUAGCUUCACGCAGAAUCUGAUUACAAUCCGCAAUCGGCACAACAAUGUGGUGCCCACGAUGGCUCAGGGUGUGGUGGAGUACAAGGAGGCCUUUGGCGUGGACCCCGUGACCAACCAGAAUGUCCAGUACUUUCUGGACCGCUUCUACAUGAGCCGCAUCUCCACACGCAUGCUCAUGAACCAGCACACUUUAAUCUUCGACGGCAGCGUGAACCCGGCCCACCCCAAGCAUAUCGGUGGCAUUGAUCCCACCUGCGAUGUGGGGGAGGUUGUAAAAGAUGCAUAUGAAACGUCAAAGAUGCUGUGUGAGCAGUAUUACCUGACUUCCCCUGAAAUGGAAAUCACACAAGUCAAUUCCAAAAACCCUGACCAGCCCCUCCACAUUGUUUAUGUGCCAUCGCACCUCUACCAUAUGCUGUUUGAGCUCUUCAAGAAUGCCAUGCGAGCUACAGUAGAGACCCACGAGUCAAGUCCAGUGUUGCCUGCCAUCAAAGUACGAGUCUCACUGGGCGCCGAGGACCUGACUAUCAAGAUGUCUGACAGAGGAGGAGGAGUCCCUCUGAGGAAGAUUGAGCGUCUCUUCAGCUACAUGUACUCCACAGCUCCCAGUCCUGUACAUAUAGACAAUGCUCGCAACGCUCCUCUGGCCGGUUUCGGUUACGGCCUCCCCAUCUCCCGUCUGUAUGCCAGAUAUUUCCAAGGAGACCUGCAGCUCUACUCGAUGGAGGGCUACGGAACCUCAGCUGUCAUAUACUUGAAGGCCCUGUCCUCGGAGUCGGUGGAGAGGCUGCCCGUGUUCAACAAGUCGGCUUUGCGCCACUACCAGGCCACCACGGAGGCUGACGACUGGUGCAUGCCUAGCAAGGAGCCAAAGAAGCUGGGCAGAAGCGAGAGGACACACUCAUAAUGGAUUGAAGGAGGUAGUGCAGAAAAUAACGGGACUGAAAAAAAAAAUAGAGGAAACAAGAGUUUGGCCAGUUCCAAUCAGAAGGUGACAUCAUUUCAAUUGAGUGGCCAUUUGCCACUAUCCGCUUUUAACGUAUUCACCGCUUGAAGUUAGCUGUGUUGAAUUAUGCUUUGUCAUUUUUCAAAAAUCUAUAAUGUUUCUGGAGAAAUGCACAUAAUUGACAGUCUUUUAAAUUGAAAACAGAUUCAUUACAUUUGUAGGUGGUUUAGAAGCGGGUUAUAAAACAAAUACUGUGUUAAAGGUGCUAUUUGUAAAAGCCAGUGUUGUCACAUCACUUUAAUAUCCAACAUAGUAAAACAGAUCAUAGGAUCCUUUUUAUUUAAUUUUUUUACACAAUCUUGUACAGUUAACGUUUGACUAUUUUUUUUUUUUUACAGUUUUUCAUGCAAGUACUGACUCUUUGUUUAUUGCAACAGCCUUUGGCAUCUCAUCCUUUUGGUAAAGGGACCGGCAGAUACUACCUAGCUUUUUACAUUUAGCAUCUUUAAUUACAUAUUAUAGCUAACACGCAUUCUGCUGUUUGGCAGCAACAUUUCUUCAACAUAGGUGGUAGCGGUUUUACAUACAAAAGAAAAAAAAAGGAUAAGUGAAUGCUAUUUAAUUUUAAAAUAAGUUAUGACAUUUUUACUUUUAGCUGAUACACUCUGCUUCCCAUCAAGUUGAGGUCAUAUGAAUGUCAACCAAAAGGCCUAUUCCAAACAGAACCACCCCUCCAGUAUUUUGCCAUGGUGGUUCUGUUCAUUUGAUGAUUUCAUUAUUUGCCUUCAUCUACGUAGUCACUCUCUCUGUUAUAUGUCUCUGCCAUUGUGGCCCAACUUAUCAACAAUCCAAACAAAUUCAACCACUGGAAAAUUUCAUGGAUAAGACCGCUGAUGAAUGUAAACUGAGCUGUGCCAUAUUUUAGUAUAUUUGCGUGAAUGUGCUCCACGAAUGUUCAAUUCCAUAUGGAAAAAGUAGAUGUGCUGUUAUGUAAUGUGAAGAUGUUUGAACAACUGAAAUAAGAGGAGAGAUGCUGUAUUAUUUGCACGUGAGCACUUUCCUACUGUAGCCAGAAGGAAGUGUUAUCUAAUAUCAAAUGGCCUUUGGAACUAACCCGCAUAUACUCUACUUUAUGCUGACAAACAAUACAUCACUUUAUAUGCAUAUUAGGGAAGCUGUAUAUUGCAUUUUUACCUCUCCCUGUAUUCAUUUCAUUAUCAUUUACAUACAUUUCCUCUUACCUAAAGGUUUCCAUUUCACAAGUUAACAAAGUCUCUGUCAUCAUGAUCUGGUUCAACACUAACCCCCCAAAAAUAAAAUAACAAAACUAAGAAAAUACAAAAAAAAAAA